AUGUCUCGAGAGUUGAGGAAGCGAAAAGCAGAGCAACCAGCUCCAUCAACUCCUCCUCCUCCUGCUGCGAAUGGAAGAACUAAAUCUGGAUCUUCAAAAUACAAUCACAAAGACGAACCAGUCGCUUCUCCACCAAGAAAACAAAAAACUGCCAAAAUGAUCACUCAUCCACCCACAACUACUGGCCAGGUUUGGGUCGUCGGCUCAGGAGACUGUGGACAGCUUGGUCUUGGCCCAGACGUCACUGAACGAGAGAAGCCUGCUCAAGUCAAAUUCUUCGAAGAGAAACGGCCUGUCAUGAUAGCUGCAGGUGGUCUCCAUAACAUUGUUCUCACUGCCAACAACAAACUCUUCUCAUGGGGAUGCAACGAUCACUUCGCACUCGGCCGUGUUACCGAUAGUGAAGGUCCUCGCUGGGACAGUGAACCAGGCGAAGUAGAGGGAUUGGAUGAAGCUGUCAUAACAAAGAUCGUUUGUGGAGACAAUUGUUCAGCUGCACUCACACGUGAUGGAAACGUCUACAUCUGGGGCACUUUCCGCGACUCGAUGGGAAUAUUCGGAGCCACCAAGGAAACAAGCAUUCAAAAGACGCCAUUGAAGCUGCAAGGUCUACAUGACGUUAUGGAUAUCGCUGCUGGUAGCAAUCACAUGAUUGCAAUCACAGAUGAUGGGAAACUCUGGAGUUGGGGUAUUGGAGAGCAAGGACAAUUAGGCAGACGUCUUGCUGUCAGGCAGAUCGUAUCCUCCAGUCUCGUACCCCGAUCAAUGACCUUCAAAGCCCCACAUGCAUCUGACAAGAAAUUUGUUGGUGCAUUCUGCGGCAGCUACCAUACCCAUUUUAUUCCAAAUACUGGUCGCACCUGUGGUGUAGGGCUCAAUCAGUAUGGUCAGAUCGGAGACGGAUCUUCUGACAAUACCGAAGAGCCAGUUGAAGUCCUCGCUGUACCAAAGGUUGUGGGUGGUGCAGCUGGUGAACACCACUCGCUGUUCCUCGACGACCAAGGUAGACUAUGGGCAACAGGAAGAAACGACUCUGGCCAACUAGGCUACACGACUCCCGUCAGUGAUGCUGCAGGAAAUAUAGAUCCAACCAAUGCUCAAACUGAUCGAUCCAUCAUCCCCCACCUCGUCGACUUCUCAGCAUACGGAGAAACACCACCAAAGAUAACAUCAGUCUCUGCAGGAACCUUCUUUUCGGUGGCACUCUCAGAUGAAGAAACCAAUAACUUGUACACUUGGGGUUACGGAGAAAUGGGUCAGCUAUGCAACCCUGGAGUCGAUGAUGAUGUAUUGAGGCCAUUCCGAACCAACCUAAACAAUAGGAAGGUGUUGAUGGUAUCUGCUGGAGGGCAACACACGUUGAUGCUGUUAGCCCCAAAAGAUCUUGAAGCUCAAAUCCAAAAUAUGCACGUGGCUUAA